AGACGCAACAGAUUCAGAUUCAGACGAGAGGAGCCAGCAAUGAGACCGCAGCUCUGACGCAAACCUUUCUUUUACAACAAUACAGCUCACGUGCAUGCGUUUCAUUCGCACUUAAAGAAAAGAAAGCUGUUUAAAUGUAGUUUUUCGCCUUAAUCUCAAAUUUCUAGAGAUUUAAUCGCUUUUAUAAAGUUCUCAUUGACCGGAGCACUGAGGAUGCGCAACAGAAUGACGGAACGUUCUCUACGGAAAAUACGCACUUUGGGUGUUUUUGUGUGUUUGGCUUUUGUUUCUUUGGCUUAUUCUUUUAACAUUGACUUGGAACAUCCCGUGGUUUUCCGCGGGCCGGAAUCAACGUUUUUUGGAUAUUCGGUUCUGGAGCACGUCCAUGACAACACACGCUGGAUUGUGGUUGGGGCGCCCAAAGCAAACUCAUCCUACAGCAGUUCGGUUCAUUCACCCGGUGCCGUGUACAAGUGCAGAAUCCGCAACAACCCGGAGCAGCGCUGCACUGAGAUGGACCUGGGCCGAGGGAAUAAGCAGAGAGAGUCUUGCGGGAAGACGUGUCAAGGCGACAGGAACGACGAGUGGAUGGGGGUCAGUCUGGCACGACAGGACAAACCCAACGGCAAGAUUCUGGCCUGCGCUCACCGCUGGAAGAAUGUGUACUAUGAAUCUGAGUAUAUACUCCCCCACGGCUACUGCUCCGUCAUACCGGCAACACUUCAGGGAAAAGCACAGGCCCUCAUACCGUGUUAUGAAGACCAUAAGAAAACCUAUGGGGAAGAACACGGCUCGUGCCAAGCCGGAAUCGCAGGCGUUUUCACUGAGGAGCUGGUAGUCAUGGGUGCGCCAGGAUCUUACUACUGGACCGGAACUGUCAAAGUCUUUAACAUGACGUCUAAUACACACUACAGCCUAAAUCAAGAUGAUCUGAGCCCCCGGAGAUACAGUUACCUCGGAUAUGCGGUGACUGCUGGUCACUUUUCAUCACCGACUGCCAUAGACGUGGCGGCUGGAGCGCCUCAGGAUAGCGGUGGUGGAAAAGUGUACAUCUUCAGAAUUGAGGGAACGGCUCUUGUGAAGAUCUUCCAGGCCUCAGGGAAAAUGAUGGGCUCUUACUUUGGCUCCUCAUUGUGUGCAGUUGACCUGAACGCGGACGGACUGUCGGACCUGCUGGUUGGAGCGCCCAUGCACAGCGAGAUCAGGGACGAAGGCCAGGUUUCUGUUUACCUCAGCAGGGGCAAUGGAGUGAUGGAAGAAACUGAGAUUUUGAAGGGUGACAGUGCUUACAACGGCCACUUUGGCGAAUGCAUCGCAUCUCUUGGGGACAUUGAUGAUGAUGGGUACCAAGAUGUGGCUAUAGGAGCCCCUAAAGAAGACGACUAUGGAGGAGCUGUUUAUAUCUAUCAUGGUGAUGCUACGGGGAUAGUUAACAAAUACUCAAUGCGAUUGUCUGGGAGAAGCAUCAACCCCACCCUUCAAAUGUUCGGCCAAUCAAUUUCCGGCAACGUGGACAUGGAUGGGAAUGGAUAUCCAGACGUGACGAUAGGGGCAUUCAUGGCUGACAGUGUGCUGUUGUUAAGAUCCCGGCCGGUGAUCACGGUGGACGUUUCGAUCUUCCUGCCCGUCUCCAUCAACAUCACAGUACCGCAGUGUCACGAAGGCCCUCAGAAUCUCAACUGCUUCAACGUCACAGUCUGCAUGAGCUUUCACGGGAAACAAGUACCUGGACACGUAGAGUUGUUGUACAACCUGACGGCAGAUUCAGAUAAGAGGCACAAAGGUUCGCCGGCACGGGUGUAUUUCGCAAACGGCGGAGAGCAGACAGGUGUAGUCAGUCAGCGUUUCAGUCUGGAAAUCAACCGGCAGCGAUGUCAUCAGUACACAUCAUACGUGAGGAAAGAGGUGAAGGACGUGUUCGCUGCGAUCGUGUUCGAGGCUGGCUACAGUUUAGGAAAACACAUCCUGGAUGGACAGCAGGACCGUGACCUUCCUUCUUUAACUCCUGUCCUGCGCUGGAAAAAAGGAGGAAGGAUCGCCGCACGGAAUGAGACGUGGUUUGAGAAGAACUGCCUGUCGGACGAUUGUGCCGCCGAUCUGAGGCUUCACGGGAAAGUUCUUCUCUCAGGGCGUUAUAUCAGACCUCAUCUCGCGCUGGGCGGAGUGAAAAAUGUGUCAUUAAAUUUAACCAUCUCAAAUGCCGGCGAUGAUGCCUACGAUACCAACAUCUACCUAAACUUCUCCAGAGAGGUCCACUACAUCAACUACUUACAAAAAGAAGAGAAGGGCAUCUCCUGUGUUCUGGUGGAACUGGACUUCUUGAAGUGCAGUGUGGGAUUUCCUUUCAUGAGAGCUCAGACGAAGUAUCAUCUGUCAGUGCUUUUUGACACAAGUCAUCUGUCUGGUGAAAAUGAGACGCUGGUAUUUUUAGUACACGCUAGAAGUGCUAAUCCAGAACAUGAUAGCAAACUCCAUGACAACACCUUGGAAUUGUCCAUACCACUGAUCCAUGAGGUGGACACCACCAUCACAGGCGUGGUGAACCCGACGUCUUUUGUGUACGGAAACUCAAUCGAGCCGUCACGCUUCCUUCGUCUGGACGACCUGGACUGCAGCUUUCAGCCUCUUAACUUCACCUUUCAGGUGAUAAACAACGGGCCGAGCAGACUUCCAGGCUCCACUGUGGACAUCAGGAUACCCAACCGACUGGUUGGCAACGGAGCUGAUAUGUUUCAUAUCAUCGACACACACGUAUCCGAAGGUCGAGGGAACUGCACGUGGCACAAGAACCCGACGCCCUGCACCAUCCCACAGGAUAAAGAGAGCAUCUUCCACACCAUCUUUGCCUUCUUCACCAAAUCUGGCAGAAAAGUUUUGGACUGUGACCGGCCGGGACGCGCCUGUUUGACAAUCUCCUGCAGUCUGACGUCUCAGGCUAAAGAAGACACCACAAGUAUAGAUGUGCGAAUGCUACUGAACACUGAAAUACUACAGAGGGACAGCUCCUCUGUGAUCCAGUUUGUGACACGAGGUCACGUUCAGCUGGACGACAGGGCCGUGGAGGUGUCCAACGGACUGCCUGAGGAGAUUUCGCUGUUGUUUGAGGCUCUUCACAGUCAGGAGCCCAGGGGUUAUGUGGUGGGAUGGAUCAUCGCCAUCAGCCUGCUCAUCGGGAUCCUCAUCUUCCUUCUGCUGGCUGUGCUGCUCUGGAAGAUGGGGUUCUUCCGAAGACAUUACAGAGAGAUCAUAGAAGCGGAAAAGAACAGGAAGGACAGUGACGAAAGCUGGGAUUGGGUCCAGAAGAGCCAAUGAGAGCUUGGAUUGGCUCCAGAUGAGCCAAUGAGAGCUUGGAUUGGGUUGAGAGAAUCCAGUAAGCUGCUUCCUUCAUCACGGCUAUCUCCAAAGACCCGACCCUCCAGCCUUCCAUAUGUGGAAGAAAAAAUAUUCUCCAGAUUUUUCGGAGGUUUGACACUUUUCUUGUGGACGGUGAUCUAGCUAACGCUUGAGGUGACGGUGUGAUCUGCCAAAAAAAAGACUUCCAUUGAUCCCAUUGGGAAAAGACUAUUGGGAAGAAGAGAUGGAGCGAGAGGAAUAAAGAGACUUCAUGGAGACCAUGUGGAUAUUGUGUCAAUACUAGCAGACAAUUCAAACUCUCAGGACGCUGUUGAAAAGCAAAAGUUUAUUUUUUAUAAGAUGUAUUCCAUACUGUAAAGAGGAGCUUUGAGAGGUUUUUAACGCACUGAUGACUGACACACGCCAAAGUCGAUGUUAUUGCUUCACAGUUCUCUUGGGCACAUCGGUAUAAUGAAGUUGGAUGUCUUGAUGAAGGAUCGUUCCCCUCAACUCUCUCAAGUUCUCAUUUUUAUUUCCAGAAAACACACAGCAAAUGUUUUCUCACUUCAUUAAUACAAUUCUGAAUUAGCCGUCAUGAGAACCAUAUUCUCCUCUUAAACACGUUUUCUUUAAUACGAUUUAAAUUCACUGGAUGUUUUCCCCACUUAGUUUCACGUUAUUCUAGGUUUUUUUGUCUUUGUAUUUUUUUCAACAUAAUGUAAUAACUCGCUCCACCUCUGAAACAACUUUCACAUUAACAAUCCAUCUUAGUUUUUGGCCCCUCCUCUUGACCGCCUGUAAGGAUGACAUCACUUUUUACCAUCCAACCAGUUCCUGAUGGAUAAACCCUGCUGGAAAUAUAACAUAGGUCCGUUUUGAAUUCAUUGAAAAUGCAACAUUUCGUUGUUUGUACCACACACAUUCCAUUAUUCACAGAUUUAAUUUUAAUGUUCGUUUUUCCUCCAUGAAUGUUAUGAAACGUUUAAAGGGAUUUGUAGCAUCAUCUUACACCAGUAAAGUGAAAUAAAUAUUUCUUUAUGCCUUUGAUCCAUUAUUACCCCUGGCAUGGCAAACACAUCCACACGUUUCGUGUCCCCGUUUUCUGCAUAGAUGUGUUUCGGAGAGACAUGUAGAUGUAACAACUGUGAGUGUCAACUGUUUCAAUUAUCACCUAUUUUAGAAUAAACUACUACUGUCACUGAAUUUCAGUUUUAUAAAUGUAUUAAAGAAUAUGUUUGUUGUACAAGCUCAAGCUGUAUAUUUAUCUACUGAAACUGCCAUUUUAAAAAUAAAAAAAAU